AAGAAAACCUGUUAAUGCUUCAAAAUCACCGUUCCUCCCAGCGGUUGUUCCAGUUUAGCAUAUUUUUUCACAAGGUUGUAAUAUUUUCGCCAACAUGGUAAAGAUCUGCGGACCAAAAUGUUCAACAUGUUGCUCUUUGCUGAGUAUAUGGGGAGUAGUUAUGUUGCUCUUGAUGGGUGUUUUCUUCCGGAUAAAUGCCUUGGCCUUCAUUGAAGAUGUCAGUCUCGAAGAGGACUUCACGAAAGAGGAUCUGGACCAAGCGUACACAAGUGUCUCAAAUAAUUGCUUCAUCGCGGCGGGAAUCUACGUCCUGUUUGCCGGUUUUUCCAUCUAUCAGUAUUCCGUCAACAAGAGACUACAGUACCAAGUUGACUAAAUUUGAGGAAUUAUUAGUCAGUGAUUAGUAAGAACUAUUAACCUUCCAUCCAGAUGUUGACUUCACUGGACCAUAAAUUGAAUAAUUCAUUUUGGGUGCUGUUUUUAUGGUAAUUCCUAACAGGGGAGCUUCAAGUAUGCCUACCAAGGAUCAUUUUUGUACUGGCAUAGCAAUGCACUUGGCUUAUUGUAUAACCCAUUAAAAGUGCUUUGUUCUUUCUAAGCCCCCUGGUUAUGGCCGCCAUAAAUACAGUGCUCUGAAGUCGGAUUCAUCUACAAACUGCCAACAUACACUGUAACACCAGCUUUGAUCAACUUCUGACUAACAACAGUCUGCUUCAAGAAACAACCUUUAUUAAGAAGAAACUCAUAUCUAAUCAUUCUGUAUAUUUAGUUAUUGACAGGGUGCUACAUGCCCAGGGCCAGGAAAAAGUGUGUUUUGAAGUAUAGACCAAAACUACUUGCCCGAAUUGGGCAAGCAAAAUUCUCACAGUAGAAUGACCAAAAUUAGGGUCGAUAUAUGAUAUUGACCCUAAUUUUGGUCAUGGCAGGCAAGAUAAAAUCACUUUGGAAAAAGGAAUGCAAUAACAAGGUAGAUCAGUUCAUGUCAAAAGAGAAAAAGGUCAAUGGUUUAUAAAACCGCAAAACUAUCUUUUAAGAGGUAAAACUUUUUUUCAAGGAAUUUUUUGGCAAGUGAAAUAGAUUUUGGGGCAAGUAUAUCCCAACUAAUAUUUAAAAAUUUACUUGCCCGACCAGGCAAGUGCUUCUAAAAAGUUAUGUAGCACCCUGUAUUGGACAAAAUAUUCUUUGAUUCAGCACUCUAGAAUACAUAGAUCUAAGAUUUAAACAUGACUGGAGGUCUACUGCAGGAGAGUUGCAUUUAAUAUUUAAAAAAAAAUCAAAUGCAAUCCUAUGUUACUACUAGGUUUUUACUCGGUGGAAAUCAAGUUGUGUUUGAUUUUUAUUUUUUCUGCAUCAGUCCCCAGAGGGGACAAAAUACAGGUAACUUAGGUUAGGUCAAUUAU